UUGUAAUACCUCAUCGCUGUGACACUGCAUCAUAGGCGCACGAAGUCAAAUACCACUCCCCCGGAUACACAGCUCAACGCCACGGACCUUUACAUUAAACUUGUCGGAUUUCAGCAUCGUCAAUAUACCUUCAUUCGCUUCAAGACCGGGCGUCCUGAUUCCAGUCUCAUCUCUAUCGCUAUGGAUUCUCGGGCUGAUCAAGAUAAAAUACGAGCUAGACGUCUCGCAAGGUUAGGUGGCGGCGGCGGACAGCCAUCGUCGAGUCCUCCCGCCGCAAGCAACUCCGAGAAGUCACAGUCGCCGAAUGCACCCUCUCCACCGCCUCCAACAGAAGUGCCGAAUCGAGCGCAACCUCUCACCGAUAAUGCCCAAGCUCCCUCCGAAGCGUCGAACCCUUUCGUGCAGCUUGGCAUGAAAGCUGAAAACAGACCAGCAACCAAGAUUAGCAUAACGCCACAGAAGAGAGAUGGAGAGUCUGAGAAUCGACCGAAGGCACGCCAAUUGCAACCCGAGUCACUGGCAGCGUGGGAAGAGAAGCAGCUUUCGGGGAUUUUCAGAGUGACUUUGGACGAUAGCCGGACGACUGACAUACACGGGAACGCUUUGUUCUUCCUACCAAAUCUAAAGGAAGAGCUAGAAAGCAAUUCACAAGAAGUGAGGUUGACGACAAGUAAUAAUGUAUUGGAACAGGCAGUACUUGAGGCAGGGACUGGCUUUUCGGGGGAUCCGCUAGACUACCUCCUGGCCUCAUGGAAGAGAGUGUCGAGGCAGUUCCGUAGUAUGAGGAGCGGGGAACGCAACGAGCGGUACAAUAUAUAUGAAGAGGCGAGGCGUAUCUGCAUGAGCUACUGCAUUUUUGCAAUCACGAUACCUGAAAUGUUUCAGCGGGAGCCACGUCAACUGAACCCACUUGCCCAGCAUCUGCUCGUGGACCCCGAGAACGACCGUGGGAUAUGCCACGACUUCCUGAACGAAGCAGUUGGGCGGAUGAAUGGUGAAGACGGCGAAGACAUAAAACAGGCACUGGUCGGUGCCAUGGAGCAGCUGAGUCGAGAGCUUUCGGGCAUGAGCAUGAAUGGGAAUUAUAAGCCUUAUGUGCUUGCGUUACGGAAUUUCUGCAGAUACCAGCCGCUAGCAGUUGCACUUUCAGAGUCACCGAGAUUCCUGCCCCUGAACGUCGCCGCCCAGCGCAUAGAACAUGACACACUUUUGGGUCCAUUCUUCGCUCUGUCACCUAUGCAAGGAGAGGUUGCGCUAAAUUACUUCUCUGGCUCUGCACCGCAGGAUCGGGCUAUGAUUGCAAAUUCUCAGAGAGCGCUGAGGCUGACGUUACAGACUCAUCAGGACGAGAUUUUUGAGAUAACGAAUGCCUUUGUCAAAACCAAAGGCUCGAGAGACCGCAUGCUGGACUGGCUAGCUCUCACAGUCAAUGCCAAUCACAAAAGACGAGCUAUUCAAGUUGACCGCAAGACCGUGUCAUCUGAUGGGUUUAUGGUCAACGUCACGGUGAUUUGCGACCGACUGUGCGAACCAUUCAUGGAUGCUCAGUUUGGAAAAAUCGAGCGUAUCGAUGUGGAUUAUCUACGACGUAGUCCGCGUGUUGAUAUUCGGGAGGAAACGAAGAUCAACGCAGACCAGAACGCUUCUGACGAAUUCUACACAGAGAAGGCAUCGGGGAUGAACAACUUUAUCUCGGAAGUGUUCUUUCUGACGGUGGCAGCCCAUCACUACGGCACAGAGGCCGCAGGGUCGAAGCUAUCGACUAUGCAGAAAGACAUCAAGUGGUUGGAGAAACAGGUCGAGAAGCUGGAACUGGAACGGCAUAAGUUUGCGUCCAACCCACAACAGCUAAGGCUUUUUGAGAAUCAUGUCAAGAAGUUCAAAGAUGAGCUGGAGAGGAGUAAGGCAACAGUCCAUGCCAUCCAGGGCGUCUUGCUCGAUGAGUUGACGCAAUCACGAUCCAUGCAGUUCAUGAGAUAUGUCAUUGCAUGGAUGUUAAGAUUAGCGGUCCCUGGUCUGGAUUACCCGAAACAACCACUGCCGCUUCCAAUGCCAGAAGAACAGCCAAUGGUCUUCAAAUGCCUUCCGGAAUACUUCUUGGAGGACAUUGUGGACAAUUUCAAGUUCAUCACGCGGAAUAUGCCUCAGAUCAUCACGCAAACACAAUGUAAAGAGCUCGUUGUGUUUUGCAUAGCGUUCCUUCGAACAACAGAGUAUAUCAAGAACCCGUACGUAAAGUCUGGGCUUGUGACCAUUCUUUACCACGGUGUUCAUCCCGUGUACGGGCGCUCAAAGGGUGUACUUGGAGACCUUUUGUUUGCUGACCCGUUUGCCACUGAGCACCUCCUCCAUGCUUUGAUGAAGUUCUAUAUCGAAGCCGAACGUACAGGAACCCACACACAGUUCUUCGACAAGUUCAAUAUACGCUACGAGAUCUUUCAGAUUAUCAAGUGUAUCUGGGGCAAUUCGAUCUACCAUGAAAACCUAAGGACGGAGGCAAAGGUUAAUCAUGAUUUCUUUGUACGAUUCGUCAACCUUCUGCUCAACGACGUCACAUUCGUCCUAGACGAGUCCUUCACCUCAUUCACCCAGAUUCACGACCUUUCGGAAGAGCUCAGAGCCAAGAACUCACCCCUCGACGAAGCCGCCCGACAAGAGAAAGAAGAAGCCCUAGCAACGGCCAAAGGCCGGGCAAAGUCCUACAUGAGCCUCACGAAUGAAACUGUCUCCAUGCUCAAGCUCUUCACCGAAGUACUUGCCGAGUCCUUCACCACCCCAGAGAUCGUCCAGCGGCUAGCCGACAUGCUCGACUACAACCUCGACGCCCUCACGGGGCCCAAGUCCUCCAACCUCCGCGUCGAAAACCCACAAGAAUACGGCUGGGACGCCAAAACGAUGCUCGACGAGAUCGUAUCCGUGUACAUGAACCUGAUGGACCAACCGCGCUUCCACACCGCCGUCGCCCGCGACGGCCGCUCCUACAAGCCCGAAAACUUUGCAAAAGCAACCACCAUCAUGCAGCGCCUCGCGCUCAAAUCCCCCGAGCAAAUCGCCCUCUGGGAAGCCCUCAUCGCCACCAUCCGCACGGCCAAGGAGCUCGACGACGUUGCGGAGGAGGACUUUGGCGAUGCCCCAGACGACUUUCUCGAUCCGCUGCUUGCCACGCUCAUGGAGGAGCCGGUUCUCUUGCCGACGAGCAAGCAGGUUGUUGAUAUGAGUACGAUUCGCAGUCAGUUGUUGAGCGAUCCGACGGAUCCGUUUAAUCGUGCGCCGUUGCGGAUCGAGGAUGUUGUGCCGGAUGCGGCGCUGAAGGCGAGGAUCGAGGCGUGGAAGGCGGAGAAGCGGCAGAAGAGGCUGGAUCCGGUGCAGGGUGGUGGUGGUGGUACGACGGACGAUGCGAUGGAUACGUCGUAGGGACUUGGAUCUGGGGGCUAGCUGCAGUACGUAUACAGCAUGGGGUAAAGAAAAGAAAAGUCACGGCUUGGGCGGUGCUGUGAGUCAAGCAGACACAACACAACACAGCAGCGUCAUUGUCGUGCCACUCGCUGUGUAGUAGUUGUAUCA